GGGGUUAGUAACAUGGCGUCAAAGAUUGAAGCAGGGAAGCUAGAGUGGAGGAUAAGUGUUGACAAUGGGACAACCGAGAGAUUGGUUCCAACAUAUGGACCUAGUAAAAGGAUCUUUCUUUGGCUAAAGGGUUUUGUAAUGAAGGUUAUCCUGGAGCAAAUCGCAAAGUCUAUGAGGAACAUUUGGAGGAUUGGGGCAGAUGAUCCAGCAAAAGCUGUUCACUGUUUGAAAGUAGGACUUGCACUUUCAUUGGUCUCAAUCUUCUAUUACAUGAGACCUUUGUAUGAUGGAGUUGGAGGAAAUGCUAUGUGGGCUAUCAUUACUGUUGUAGUCGUCUUUGAGUCCACUGUUGGAGCAACAUUCUCCAAAUGUGUGAACAGAGUGGUGGCAACUAUAUUAGCUGGAACACUAGGCAUUGCUGUUCAUUGGGUUGCAACUCAAUCAGGAAAAGCUGAGAUUUUUGUGACUGCAUGCUCUGUUUUCCUGUUUGCCUUCACAGCUACUUACUCGCGGUUUGUUCCAUCAUUCAAAUCCAGAUUCGACUAUGGAGCGAUGAUCUUUAUCCUCACAUUUAGCCUAGUCUCAGUAGGAGGUUACCGAGUAGAUAAGCUGUUUGAUAUGGCUCAGCAAAGAGCAUCAACUAUUGCAAUUGGAACAUCUAUCUGCAUUGUCAUUACUGUCUUCUUAUGUCCCAUAUGGGCAGGAUCUCAGCUUAACCGCCUUGUUCAAUGUAAUUUUGUCAAACUUGCCGACUCAUUAGACGGCUGUGUAGCAGAGUACUUCAAGAAGAAAGACGUCUCAACGAAUGAGAAUGAAGAUGAAGAAACUAACAAGAAGUUGCAAGGAUUCAAAUGUGUACUUAACUCUAAGGGAACAGAAGAAGCCAUGGCGAAUCUAGCUAGAUGGGAACCUGCACAUGGAAGCUUUAACUUCCGGCACCCAUGGCAACAAUAUGUAAAGAUAGGGGCUGCUAUGAGGAGAUGUGCUUACUGCCUUGAGAAUCUUAGUAUCUGCAUGAACUAUGAAACAGAGGCACCAGACCAGGUCAAGAAUCAUUUCGGAGAAGCUUGUAUGAGUCUGAGCUCAGCUUCUUCAAAAAUCUUGAGAGAGUUAGCGGAUAUGAUCAAGAACACGAGAAAAUCUUCGAAGAUGGAUUACCUGGUGUUUGAUAUGAACUCAGCAGUACAAGAGCUUCAAGAAACCUUAAAAAUUGUUCCCAUAGAAAUCAACAGACCUGAAGAAGAUGUUAAAUCUGAAAAGGACAAGGAAGGAGACAGAACCAUGGCGAUGAGCCUACAUGAAAUCCUUCCAGUUGCCACUUUGGUUUCGUUGUUGAUCGAAAACGCAGCUAGGAUUCAAACAACCGUCGAAGCAGUGGAUGAACUGGCAAAUCUUGCAGAUUUCAAACAAGAUUCAAAGAAGAAAACAGGAUGCAACAACGCUAAACAAACACCACUAAGUUCUUAAAUUGCUUUCAUAUUACACAU